AUGCACACAUGUUCACGUAAUUCCACUUCUCUCCCAUCCCUACAACGCCUGUCCCCCUCCCUCGGCCCCAGUAACGAGUCUUUGAGACCGGGCCUGACCGGACGAUGCUUAACACGCGGGCAUCAUCUAAUCGCACGUGCCACCGGGUUCUGGGUAGCUGAAUUCGCCAAGUUUUGCCUUCUUUGGCUCCGUUCGUCGGUCAGCGUAAUCAGGUCGUCGUCCGGUGAGGACGAUUUCAGCAAUGGAAAAGAGCUAUCAGAAGAUCUGGAAUGUCAUUUGUGGCCAAUUAUCGACACUAUUUAUAGCCACACUGACCCAUCAUCUGUUUGUGUCGUUUCAGCAGGCGAGGUUGGGCCCGGAAAUCAGAGAAUGGGCAGACGUGUGCAACGCUAA